UUGUUAACAAGCACAUUGCUUGCUGUAGCAUCAAGAAUGUUGUCGCUCAGCGUACAUGGAGCCAGUUGCAUUAUAUUAACCAUUUUUGUGUUCUAUGCUUUCAGUAGCUCAACAACGUCACAGCAUCGUUGUUUGGUAUGCAACAUUAGUUUGAGCGGCUGUGAAGAUGCACCGUUAGCGCAUUCCAAGGAUUGCCCGCUACAAGCCGACAAGUGUUUCACUGCAGUGCAAAAUGGAAUGCUAUUGCGCGGUUGUCUUUCUCAGUUGUCCAGCGCAGCAGCUAAGCAGUGCAGUGAAGCGGAUGGAGCUAGUUGUCUCAACUGCACCGAAGCUGAUUGCAAUCGUAACCAGUGGCUCAAGUGUGAUCAAUGUGAUGAUGAUGGUAGCGUACGGUGCAGCGAUAAGCGUAAAGCCCAAGCCCAGUUGUGUCCACAGUUCAAGAGCGGCGAUCGAUGCUACGAAAUGCGACGAAGCUCCAAUCGCCAUACGGUGCUGCAGCGAGGUUGUCAGUCAUCACUAGAGGCUGUUGGAAUCGAAUGCUCCGAGGAAACUCAGUGCCGCGAUUACACAGAACAUGAUAUCAACGUUGUCGAUAGCCGGCAAGCAUCGUAUCAAGGCCGCAAAUGUCUGAUCUGUUCGACUGAUGCUGUUAAUGGGAAACAAUGCGACGAAGCAUCGGCUGGGUUGGAGGCUAAAAGCUGCGAUUUGGCUGAAGACGAAUGCAUUACCAUGGUGCAAGACAAUGUGCUGCACAGGAAGUGCAAAUCAGCACUCACAACCGAGCAGCAGCAAUUAUGUACGGAUAUGGGUGAAGAUGUCUGUGUCAGCUGCAAAGAGGACGGAUGUAACAGGCACACUCUGCUGAAGUGUAUCCAGUGCAAAAAAUCAAUCGAUCCUCUCUGCCGUGAUCCAUCGCUAAGCAACGAGCUAGCGCCUAAAUACUGUUCCCGGUUCCAUCCGGGGGCGCAAUGCUUUUCUCGUAUUCUCAACGAGGACGUCGAGCGUGGCUGUACCUCGGAUUCCGGGCUCACGGAAUCGGUUUGUGAGGACAACAAAUAUUGUCUAGCCUGCGCCACGAACGGAUGCAACAAAGAAACGGAGGAUUUUCUGCGCGAUGUCGCCAGAUGCUUGCGCUGUAGCUCGAGCAAGGGAGACGACAUUAACUGUGAGGAGGCUACUGGAAAUACUGAAGAGAAUCGAUUGAACGCAACUGUUUGGCAACACUACCAGCAGAGGAACAACGGAAAUGUCUCAAUACCGAAGAUAACACCUGUUUAGCUU